AUGUUCCCUCCACUAAUGCCAGUCAACAUUCGUAAUCAGCGGAAGGUCAGCGUCGUACCUUGUUCAAGGAUAUCCAUGGAACUCAUUGGGAAUAUGGUGGUGCUCAAGUCCUGCAUUGAUACAAUCUGUAUUGACGAGAUUACGAAAGCGUUCACCAGCGACAAAAUCGGUCAGCAGCCUGUCAGUGUCAGGCUGAGGGGACCGAACAAAUUCCAUGGCUUUGUGGAUCUAUGCUCUCUUAAGAACAUGGUCCAAUGCAUCCUAAACCUCUAUACCGUGGGAUGGAUCUGUGCAUUGCAGACGGAGUAUGUGGCAGCCUGCGAGCUCUUGGACGAGGAACUCCCCCCUCUACAGACAGCACUACCCCACGACAACAACGCAUACACCUUUGGUCGCAUCAACGACCACUACAUCGUCAUCGCAUGCCUUCCGAAAGGAAGGUACGGUCUUGCUUCCGCCGCUAGCGUGGCCAAAGACAUGCUGCGCAGCUUCGAUUCCAUCCGCGUUGGAUUAAUGGUCGGCAUCGGAGGGGCUGCGCCAAGCGAUAAGCACGAUAUUAGACUUGGUGAUGUUGUGGUCGGCUGUCCAGUGAAGAAGGAGGGUGGUGUGAUUCCCUACAACUUCGGCAAGGCGGUUCAAGAAAUGGAGUUUGUGUCAACUGGGUCUUUGAACUCGCCGCCGACGGUUCUGUUGACGAAUCUGACCAAGCUGAGCGCAUACCACGAGAGAAAGGGCAAUCACAUUGCUGAGUCGGUUCGAAAGAUGGUUGCCAAAAACCAAAGAUUGGGAGAGAAAUACCAACAUCCGGGGGUAGAGAACGAUCGGUUAUAUGAGUCAAGCUAUACUCAUCAAGGCGGUGAUGAUAGGUGUGAGAUCUGUUGUGACCAAGCAUCUCCUCCGGUGCUCCACCGAUCGCAGCGGCUCCAUGACUUGGAUGAGCCGGUGGUGCACUACGGCCUUAUCGCAUCAGCAGACACACUGAUGAAAGAUGCGAUUGCUCGCGAUCGGUUAAUCAAAAAGCACGAUAUCUUAUGUUUUGAGAUGGAGGCGGCAGGGCUCAUGAACGACUUCCCGUGCGUGGUUAUUCGAGGUAUCUGCGAUUACUCGGAUUCACACAAAAACGAUAUGUGGCAAGGUUACGCGGCGGUCGCGGCGGCGUCGUACGCCAAGGAACUUCUGGGAAUUAUCCCAGCACAUCAGAUUGCCAGCACGCAGACGGCGACUGCGGAGAUGGUCAAACCUCUCUUCUCCGUGCCAUAUGAAAGAGAUGCCAACUUCAUUGAGCGAAAAGACAUCUUCUUUCAGAUUGAGAAGCAACUUCACAUGCAUCACCGUGCUUCAAUAUGUGGAAUUGGAGGUGUUGGGAAAUCUCAGAUCGCCAUCGAGUACGCUUACCGGUUUCGGCAGUCUCGACCGCAGAGUCAUGUCUUCUGGGUGUACGCCGCCAGCUCUGGUACAAUUUUGCAGGCCUGUCAUGAGAUUGCGCGUAGCCUGAAACUUCCUACAUACGAAGAUCCGAAGUCCGAUCCAUGUGAGCUGGUCUCCAGAUGGCUCAAAGAGGACGACCGUACGUGGCUCCUGAUAUUGGAUAAUGCGGACGAUGCAGAUGUCAUUUUCGCUUCGACUGAAUUUCAUGCAUCACCUGCUACUGUUACGCAAAUUCAUCGACCCUUGAUCGACUAUCUUCCUAGCAUUUUGAAUCCUCAGAAGUCAUUGCUUGUUACGACAAGAGACAAACGUGUUGGUCAGGACCUUGCCUAUGGAGAACUGUGUGUGGAAGUGCCGCCAUUUUCAUGUCAAGAGGCGAGAGCCCUGUUGCGAUCGAAAGUGAAAGGAGCGGCGGACUUUUUCGACGUGUCCAGUACAGAAAGGCUGCUGGAAGUUUUGGGACAUAUUCCACUAGCCAUCACGCAAGCUGUAGCUUUCAUCAAUCACAAUGGGAUGACUGUCGAAAGCUAUCUAACAGCCCUUGAAACAGAUAAGCAGGACCUAACGGAGUUUCUGAGUCAUGAGCUUCAAGAUCAUCGGAGGCAGCGUGGUUUUCCCAAUUCCGUCUUUCGAACAUGGAAGUUUUCUUUCGAUCAGAUCCUGACACAAGAGCCUCAGGCGGCGAAGUUGCUGUCCCUCGUAGCGAUGCUUGAUCCACGACGGAUCCCGGAAAAGCUAGUACGACGGUCAAUUGGGAGAGAGUUGGACUUCAGGACUGCCAUUGGUACGCUGAACGGAUUCGCUUUGAUUACUGCAGAGAUUGGGGGAGAGAUAUACGCCAUACACCCACUUGUGCAAGCAUCGGUGCACUAUUGGCUCGAGCAGAGGAACGAGAAAGCGAACUACGUAAGUCAAGCGUUAGAGCUGUUAGCAAAGGAGUUUCCGCAGGGUAAAUAUGAAAACAAAGAGACGUGUGAAUCAUUGUUGGCGCAUGCUCAGGCGGUGUUGAAUUGGGACUACGUAUCAAAGGAUGAUGAUCAGAGAUACCGCGCCGCUCUUCUAUACAAUGUUGCGACCUUUCAUGGUGCGCAGGGUAGAUUUGGCUUUGCGUAUCAAGAAGUCUCCAAAGCACACAAUAUCAAUCAAAAACGAUUGGGGGAAGAUGCGCCUAAGACUCUGCAUAGUCUGUCUUUACUUGCAACAAUCCUUGGGAUUCAAGGACAAUAUGAGAUGGCUGAGAAGAUGACUCGACGAGCGUUGGAAGGUUUUGAGAAGGUGCUGGGAGUUGAGCAUCCCAGCACAUUGUUCAGUGUCAAUAAUUUGGCAUUAGUGCUUCGACAACAAGGAAAGUAUAAGAUGGCCGAGGAAAUGAGCCGACGAGCGCAGGAAGGAAUGCAGAAGGUGCUGGGAGUGGAACGUCCCUUUAGCAACAUUAUAAGGCCACUGUCCACGAUUUGGGGCCUACUUGCUUUGUCUGUGUGUAAAGAAAGAUCAUAA